AUGUCAGAACAACAACAUACGAGCCACGGGAAAUCGCUCAUACCACAGAAACGUAUUCUCAGCGAAAUCACGAACAGUGUGACAGAACCAAAGGACGACACUUUCGUAAAGCCAAAGAGGAGAAAUCUGUUGGGAUUCGAGUUAGCCAGCAUUCCUCAGACUAACAAGAUGAUGAAGAAUUCUGAUACCGCAAUCUUGUCUAAUAGACGACAGCUCAAACCAUCGUCCAUACCAUCGGCUCCAAAAUCAGUUUCUAAGUUGACUCCACAAGAAAGUCUUCGAAGAAUGAAAUCUGUGAGUGCCCGCUUGAAGGCUACCAGUGCCCAUGAAGGGUUGUUACGUAAAGGGCCAGCUCUUGUUCACAACGACGACUGGUCCAGAAGCAUUCAAGAAAAAGCACAACGAGAUCUCGAAAAUAAGAUGCUGGAGCUCAAUAAUGAAUUGCGUGUACUUGAGGAAGAAGAAAGCGAAUGCCACAAAGAUCUAGCCGAAUCAAGACGACAAAAGCACAAGAAAGAGAAGGAAAUCGUGGAGCUUACCAUAGAAUUAGAGGCAGAGCAAGGAAAGCAAGCAUUCUUAGAAGAAAAAGUAAUCAAGACAGUAUCUGAACAGGAACAACUUGUAAAUUUGGAGCUUGAAGAGUACCGAAUGAAAAUGGAAAAUAAACUUAACGACGUUAAGUUCGAAUUGGAGGAACAGAUUGAGGAAGCUAAGUCUUUCAAGGAUGACAAAUUGCUUCAAGAAAUUGAACAAUUAGAAACUCAAAUCGAACAAUCAAAACAAGAACUUGAAAAUGGAAAAACACAAUGGACCACCAUUUACAAUGAAGAGUCUGAGAAAUUAGAGAAAGACAUAAAUCAAAACAUACAACCCAAGCAAGACGAGCUUUCAGAACUAAGGCUGACAUUGAAUUUGAAGGAGACGGAAAGAGACAAGGUUGCUUCUGAAUUGAAAUCUUUGAUUGAGUUUGCAAGCAAAUCGGAAUGUGAAAAGGCUCGCAUUUCUUCUGCGAUUGUAAGUAUAGAAACCAGCAUGAACAACUACGUAGAAAGAAGAGAAUCUCUCUUGAAAGAACUUCUGGAAGUGGAACAGGAACUCAAUUCAGCAAAGAAAAAGAGCGACAACAAGGAGAGUCUUGUUCAGUCCGCAUUGUAUGAAUAUUCAAAGGCAAACAAUAAGCUACUUAAACAUGAACAACAACGGAGAAUAUUGGAAAAUUCAAUAAUGGACUACAAGGGCAAGUGCAGAGUAUAUGUCAAGGGUCAUAAUAGUCAAAAUAAUGAGAUAUACAGCAACAGCAGAUCAUUUCGUUUUAAUAAAGUAUUUGGUUCCGAGGCGACAACAGUAUCUAUUGCACAAGAGUUUGAAUGUUUGGCUAAUGAAUCUGCCAUUGGAUCAAAUGUGACAAUACUAUUCUGCGGAACGCCUGACCACAUCGGCGUGAAUGCUUCCAUAAUAAAUAGCUUUAAGAGCAUUUUUCAAAAAGCCUCCGUUCAACCAACGUGGUCAUUCGCAUAUAAUUUCAGAAGCAUAGGGUUGCGAAAUGAUUCGUUGAUCGAUCUUCUCAACUCAAAUACCGAGUUAGUACUUGAAAAAAUCGAAAACAGUUUGAGCGAAAUACAAUCCCAGAAGAUGCUCAUUGGCAUUGAUGAUAUCAUCCAGUUCUCAAAAGUUUUGAGUCAGAUAGUAGAAGAUCCACAAGACGUUGAUAUCCGCAUACAUAUCAUAACAGUUGACAGAUCUAAGGAUGGAAAGGCCAUUGAAAGCAAUUUGACAUUUAUAGAUAUAUCCGAUUCGGAUGAUCAAGACGCAUUGUUGAACUCAGCAAGUGUCUCUUUGUUGGCCAAGUGGAGCUGGAAUCUGAACAGAGUUUCAAACUCUUGA